AUGUUUGUGUAUCACAGGCAAUAUCGUGGACGUUAUUUUGGUGCAAAUUAUUGGCUUCCUCAUCAUCUAUCUAACGUAUCUAUACCAGUUCAUGAUGGAGCACUUCGGAUUCAAUGGCUGGAUGGUAUCCCCAAAUGUCAUUGCUGGGUACCCCAUCCUGGCACCAACCCUCAAGUAUUUUUGCAGCUUUAUAGCGUAGCCGAGAAGCGUAUUGAGGCAACAGGUGCACUUUUGGGAGGCAUAGCUAUUGAACACAGCCGUAAUCUGUGUAACACAAAUAAAGAUGGCGUGGUUCCUCUCAGAGAUAUACAAGACUCAUCAUCAUACGAAUUGGUUGGUUUCAGAUUUAGUACUUCCAGACAAACCUUAACAUGGAUUCCAGAUACUUUCUUUACCUCACUGUUAAGUGGCAGGAUUGGCACACUAGUGGAUGACAGGGGACCCAUUUUCAUUGACAGAGAUCCCACUGUGUUCACCCAUGUUUUGAAUUAUCUUCAUACAAAAGAAAUCCAUUUGACUGAAGGAAUUGGAAUGAGAGGACUUUUGCAUGAAGCUGAGUUCUAUGGAAUCACUCCACUCACUCAACAGUUGAAAUUAGUUCAAGAACUGGAGCAUUCUUCUUGUGGCGAUGUACUUUACUAUGAAUGCCUGAAUCCACCAAGUGUCCCAUUUCCAGUUAUAAGAACUAAUGAAGAUGGAGAAGCUAAUCUUGCAGGUGAUGGAUUGGAACAACAACAACAGAAUUGUAAUACACCAAGACAAUCUACCUUAGAUCUCAGCAGAACAUUGGUGCCCCCAAGGGUCAGCAGUAGUUCAAGAAAUGGCCAUGUUGUGAUGAACAGGACGCAUUCCCGUUCGUCAUCCCUUGAUUUACGAUUGAACUCUUUACGGAGACAAGAGGGUGGAAUAGGAGCCGGUUCCCACAAUCAUUUGGCAGCGUGGUUCGGAGGUUUGCAUGUUCGCUCUUCCAUCGAUCCUCUACGAGUAAAUCUCAUCAAAGCUCAUCACAAAUGGAUCUUGAUUGCCUACGCUCAUAUGAUCACUUGCCACAAAUGUAAAGGUGCUGGAGGUUGGCAUCUUGUUUUUACCAGCCCUUGGAUGGAUAAUCAAAUUGACCGGGUGGCCUUAAAUGCGCGGAUGACAAGAAGUGGGGGUCAAAAUCAGGCACCCAAUUCCUCGUCCAAUUCCUUCGAAACUGAAAUGGUCGCUUUGGCUUCAGGGACCACCAUCCGACUAUUGGCGAUCGCCGAUGAUGGACAGCGGAAUGAUAUAGGAACCUUCAACAUACACGUCUUGGUAGAAUCUCUAUUUUUCAUUGAUAGCCAAGUAGUGGCUCUUUCUCGCCCACCUGUCGGCAAAAUUGGAGUUUGGCAUUCCAUGACUCGGCAUUGGCAAAUCCAGGACGUCACCCCAGUUUCAUCGUACGAUACAGCUGGGUCUUUACUUCUUCUAGGAUGCUGCAACGGGUCUAUAUGUUUCAUAGACGUGCAAAAAUUCCCACUGAGAAUGAAGGAUAAUGAUCUUGUAACUGAGUUGUAUCGCAACCCAAUGCCAGAGGCCAUCACUUCCAUCUCAGUUUAUCUGACUCCUAAAACGAAUCACAUAGGCAUGUUCGGCAGUUGGAUUCAAAUCGCCUACGAAACUAGUUCAGGAGCUAUGAGAAUGAUAGUACAGUAUCCCGAAACAGUGGGUCAUGGACCUCAACUCUUUCAGACUUUCAUCAUACACCGUUCGCCUAUCAAUAAAGUCAGGCUUUCUGAGAAAUACUUCGUCUCCGUCUGUAGCGAGUAUAACCACGUCCGGACAUGGAGCGUCACUCGAUUCAGAGGAAUGAUUUCCACUCAACCCGGAUCCACCCUGGAGCAGCACAACAUGCUACUCUUGGUAAAGAAUUGAAAUUGUUUCUAGGGGGGGGGGAAUCCAUUUUUUGUGAAAACCGGCCUUAAUU